AUGAUUUUCGAGCUUGUUAUUGAUAUCCCGCAGUCUUCUGCGUUUCGGAUCCUCAUAGUGGUGGCUCUGGGCAUUGUUCUCUAUGGAGCUUUCUCUGGACCACAAGUCCAUACCGGGUAUCCUCUAAUCGGGUUCGACAUGAAGGAUGGUUAUUCUCGUGGAUUGGCCAAGGCCCAACAGCAAUGGAUCGCACAUGGAAAAGACCUUAUUGACCAAGGUCUGGCACAGGCAAGUUUCACCGGUUGCUUCCAGGUCUUCACCGAGACUGGACCUAAGCUUGUCCUGCCUAAUCGAUUUGCACACGAGAUCCGCAACCACCCUGGGUUUGAUUUCGGUAGUGCUAUAUCCGCUGAAUUCUUCGGGUCGUACCCCGGCUUCGAAGCCUUUGCUUUGAACAGCUCCUCACAAGUUGUCGUAGACACCGUGAAAGGCAGACUUACACAAUCACUCAACCUCAUCGUCGAGGAGCUUGCAGAUGAAACAGAGAAAGCUGUCGAUGAACUUUUCGGAAAUCCGGAGGACUGGACAGAAAUUACAUACAAGCCAGAACUUCUCAAGUUGGUUUCUCGCAUUUCCUCACGCGUCUUUGUCGGCCCUGAGCUCUGCGAAAACGAGGAUUGGAGAAACAUCAGCACAGAGUACGCCGUUGCUGCUUUCGUUGCCGCCCGCACCUUAAGACAAUGGAAUUUUACCCUCCGUCCUAUCGUCCACUGGUUUCUCCCAGAGUGCCGGCAACUGAGAGCAACUCUUGCGCAAGCACGAGAGAUCCUGAAGCCGGUGAUUGAGAAACGUCGAGAUGAAAAUCGCCAGCGCCGUGAGCGCGGAGAAAGUCAAUCCAAGGUCGCCGACACAAUCGGGUGGAUGGAUGAGGCGGCUAAGGGAAAGCCGUACGACGCAGCAGUUGCUCAAAUUGGCCUCUCGCUUGCAGCUAUUCACACAACGACCGAAAUGGUAAGCGGUCUUAUCAGCGACCUGUGUGCCAAUCCUGAGUACUUUGAGCCCUUGCGCGAGGAAAUAAAUUUGGCCUUGGCAGGCAAGGGUUGGUCGAAGAAGGCAUUGCAGGAUUUGAAGCUUAUGGAUAGUGCGAUGAAGGAGUCACAAAGACACCACUUGGGUGAUAUUGCUGCAAUGAACCGCAUGACUGUAAGCCCCGUCACGCUAUCAGACGGUACCCAAAUUCCCAAAGGGGCUCUCACGAUGGUUGAAAUCAGCAAGAUGCACGAUGCAAGUGUGUUUCCCGAUCCUCAUAGCUACAAAGGCGACAGGUUUUUGCAAAUGCGCCAAGAGCCAGGACAGGAGCAGCGUUGA